AUGUCUUCUAUUCCGCCCCAGCUCAUCCGCGUGAAGCGAAAGCGCGACGACGAGUCGCCUGCUGUGACUUUCCUUCAACUUGACGAAGGCGCAAAACGUCAUCGCAACGACAGCAAUUGGGUUUAUCAGAGACGACUCCCCGGGCCUCAAUCCCCAACAGUAGAAGCUCCCAGUCUACCUUCUCGUGACCCAAAACCCGUCAUUCACGUCUCUGGCCCUGAUGAUGCAUCCGAAAAAAGGAAGACUGUUGCCCCCCCUGUGGGCAGCAUCACAACUACACCAGACUCAAACCCGAUCGAUCCAUCUACCAUACCCGAACAUCGACGUUUCCAUAUUUCCAAAAAGAUGAUGAUGGCCUCAGGCGCAACUCAGAACUUGGGCACCGGCCUCAACAAACGACCGCGCUAUGGACCUGCUGUCUUUGUCGAACGAAGCCGUGCCAAGGCCAGCCAACGAGCAUCGAGAGUCCGGGAGUCUAUCAAGGAAUCGAUAUCACUACCAGCUGGUCAGAUAAUUGCUGGUGUGGCCAUUAGUAACCCGCCGCAACAGGAGCGACGCCUUAAGAAACCAGCAGCGAGAAGCAGACAGAAUUCUCCCCUACCAGACGCCAAUUCUCGGACUCCACUACCAGUCAUGAACCAUAGCCAGGACAUAUCGAAGAUAGCGGCUGAUAUGAAUAGCUGGGUCAUGAAAGAAAUUGGCGCCAAUCUUGAGGAAAUGGAACAAGAAAAGCAUAAGACCAGCAGGUUCAAACCCAAGGCCCCAGCUAAACGAUACCAAGAACGUCACCCAGGAGUAGGCGCCAGCGACACCAAUCCCAAUGAUGUCGACAUGACAGAGAACAGUGAUAUGGAAGAUGAUGACGACUGGGUCAUCGAGGAAUACGUUCGAAUCCCUGCGCAUGCUAUGACGGUCAAUGUAGCACCAACAGAUGUCGGUGUAUUGGUCCUUGACGGUAAGGAAGAGAGCAAUCUGUUCUUCGGUCCUGAACGCGACGAGGACGAAGAACUUGAUGAGGACGAUGAGGAUGAGAAUGCCGAGAAUUACUACACGGCAGAUUACCCAGAGGAAGAGGUGGAUUCAGAUGAUGAAUACGGACGUCAUGCGUACGGUUACCGCAACGGAAAUGCCUCCGACGACGAGGAGUUUGACAACAUCUAUUACGACGACGAGAACAACGACGAUAUGGUCCUUGACGGGGACGACGACGAAGAUGUCACAAUGGCUCGUAUUAGGAAUUACGUGAAGCGUAGUGGUGCCUUUGAAUAA